AUGAACGGCGCAGACCUACAGCAGGAUGGGGCCAACGGGGCCCCAGCGCCGCAGCCAACAGCGCCAGACGAUGGGCUGGAGAAGACGGGUGCCGCUCCCGCCGCCGGCAGCCCCCAGCAGGGGGCCUCUUUCUCCUCUUUCUCUCGCUCCAGGCCUGCGCCAAAAGUAGUCCUGCGCAUGGAGGUUGCCACCAAGCUGCAGGCGAGGAUCCUGACCUGGUCAGUCAUCGCCCUCAACAUCGCGUUUGUGGGGCUGGCAGUGGCACUGUUCGCCAUUCACAACCAGGACUCUGUGCUGGCCAGUGAGGUCCGCAACAUGUACUGGGGCCGCCUGGUCAUCGCCGCCGUGUGCCUGGGCGCGCUGCUCUUCACCGCAGCGUGGUUCUUUUUCGCCUUUCGUCGAAGCCAGAAGGAGGGGCGUGUGUGGUCCAAGCGGCAGCACUACUUUGGAUGGACAGCUGGCGGGCUAAUGUUCCUGCAGACUUCAUAUGCAGCCGUGGUUCUGGCUACCCUGAUCACUACCUGGACCUGCCUGUCCGCUUCCAUCCUGUUUUUGCUGGCCAGGAUGAAGAACAUGGUUCUGUGGCGGGGCCCAGGAGCGUUGGACAUGCACCCCGACUAUCGGCUGUUAGUGGACCGCCCCUUUGCGGACCAGGCCAAGGCCUACUGGCUCAUUACGUCCAUCUGGCUGGUGCUAGAGGGUGCCACGAUGGCUGGCAUGAUCCUCAAGCUCAACAAGAUUCGGCGCACGACCAUCCGAACGAUCACCUGCGACACAGACCUGAUGAUGAUGAGCUGCCCAGCCACCCCCACCCAGAUCGCCGCCACCGCCAUCUCAUUCGUGGUCAUCAUGGUGUUUGGCAUCUCCUGGGUCAUCACCUCCCGCCGCGCCCUCAAGGACCAUGAGCAGCUGCCCUUCAUCCACUACAGGCAUGCCCCGUGGUGGUCGACCCACAUCUAUAUACGCGUCCAGGCCCGUGUUCUGACCCCAGUCUUCACAGCCGUGGUGAUGUCGCUGCUGUUCAUGUCUGUGAUCCCUACAUUUGACAGCAACUGCGUCUCCUCGGCGGACGCCCAGGUCGGCAACGUGGCGACAGAUAUGAGCAUGACUGUUGCGGCCAUUGUCAUGGCUGUGAUGUUCAUGCCCAAGGCCCAGGCAUUUGACAGCCCCUUGUUGCAGGAGUUCCUGCAAGAUUUUGCCUGGACAGAGGAAGGGAUGCCUGCCGCCAUCGAGGCGCGAAACCAGCGGAUGCGCGACUCUGAGCUGGCAACCGACCAGGCAGCCAGCGCGCCCCAGGCAAGCCGCAGGCGGCGCUGGCCGCCACAGUGCCACGACGAGUACUUCUGCUUUCCAGCAUAUCCUCCUUUCCGCCGCGACUCCCUGCUGCAGACCACUGAGGGGUUCAUCACAAACCUGCUCACCUUCCUGCCCGGGGCCGCCAUGAUGGGCAUGGCAAAGAUGGCGGGGGUUCAGGACAUGGAGAGCGCUGCUAAACAGCUCAGCGAGGAGCCCAUCUUUUGCAUGGAGACAGCCUGCCGCCUGUUUUACUGGACGCGACUGGCAUACCGCAAGGAGGACGAUCUGGACUAUGAGUUCAUCAACGUGGAUGCCGCCAAGCGCCUGUUUAACCUGGACCAGCAUGCCAUGGUGUGGGAUGACGAGACCGACACGCAUGUGGUGCUCGGGUGGAGCGACUCCCAGGUGGUGCUGGCCUUCCGUGGCACCGCCUCUCUGCAGAAUGCAAUGACUGACAUCAAGGCUUGGAAGAUGGUGCUGCCGCCGCACCGGCGAGUGCGCGGCAGCGUUGUGAAGGUGCACGCCGGCUUUGGCAAUGCCUGGCUGAACAACAACUUCAACAAAAAGGUGCUGGAGAAGCUCCAGGAGAUCGACCAGGCCCAGCAGGGCACCGAGCCGCUGCGCUUCUGGAUCACCGGGCACUCGCUGGGCGGCGCCCUGGCUGUCCUGGCUUCGGACGAGGUUGCCAAGGCUUUCCCCGACUCCAAAAUCACCUGCUACACCUGGGGUGCCCCGCGGGCAAGUUGCCUCAGUGUUGGCAACGGUGCCUUCACACAUGAGCAGGAGCAGGCUGUUCCAGACACCUGGGCCAUCCUGAACGGCGGCGACCCCAUCCCCUGGAUCCCCAAGGGCGGCUUCAAGCGCGGCGGCAAGCGCGUCACGGUCAACGCCAAGGGCGACCUCGUGCUGCGGCCCACCUACUUUGAGACGUCUGUCAUGCAGCGCGGCACCAACGCCUCCCACCACAAGACGGGCGGCUACGCGCUGUCGCUGGCAGCCAUCUUCAAGGCACAGUUUGUGAGCAGCAAGGCGUUCCCUGGCGGCGCGGAGGGCGUGCGGCGCCUGGCGGCGGCGCUGGACCUGGGCUCCACGCUCAUUUUGAAGCACAUGGACAUCAAGAGCCUGGAGGAUCCAGCGGUGCUGCCCGUCAGCGUGGAGGUUGUGUCCAAAAAGAACCUCAACUCCAGCAAGAGCUUGAUGGACGAGUGCGGCGGCGGCUGCACGUCCCUCUGGCCCUUUGGCAAGGCGGCGGCUGCCUUCGAGGAUGGGGAGGGCGGCGGGGAAAUUGAGGAGGACGGCGGCGCCACCGACCCUGGCCAGGAGAGGCAGCAGUAG